UAUGUUUCGGCUCGAAUUUCCAACAAUAAGCGAGCUAAUUGUUACUAUCAUGUGUAAUUUUCUCAAUGCGAUAUCAUGUCUGUUAUCAACCUUGGACUACUGCUACGGCGGCGUUAAGUUUUGGCCGCGAGAGAGAGCACUAAAGUCGCUACCAGACUAUUUUGGUAUGAAUUGAUUGCGAGUUCCGCGGUCGAACCUCGUGUUAUUUAUGCAACUUUAAACUGCCGUGGUGCGUUUUCCGUGUGUUUUAGAAAUUUCGCGUGUUUUAAAAAAAUCCGCCAAAAUUCCGCGCUCAACUUAUUAUUUUAGUGAUAGUGAUAGUGAGAUGAGUUAUAAGGACCGUGGCUCUCCGAUAUUAUUGGAGAGCGGAUUAAAAUCAUUUUUGGGACAUCCCGGACACAAUUACCCUUUACUCAAUGGAAAUAGUAAACCAGCACAUCCCCACGGACAUGGACAUUCGGCGAUUAAGGACUUAGCAGGAGGAAUAUUAAGCAACGAUGACAAAAGUAAAGAUGACGGUGAACUAUGGAAUAACGUCGACGCUCAAACCGCUUUCCUCGGGCCUAAUUUAUGGGAUAAGACUUACGAAUCGGACCUUAAGUAUGUGGACCUGGACGAGUUUUUGUCGGAGAACGGCGUUUCGAUGGACGGUCUUGGAUCACACACUCCGAAUGGUUCGAUAUCGAACUCGCACGGAGUAGCCAAAAGGGAACGUUCGCCGAGCCCAAGCGACUGCAUGAGUCCAGAUACCAUGAAUCCACCAUCACCCGCAGACUCAACGUUAUCGAUGGCUUCAAGUUGUCGAGAUUUCGACCCACGGACUAGAGUAUUUUCAGACGAAGACCUCAAACCACAACCUUUAAUCAAAAAAUCCAGAAAACAGUUCGUGCCGGACGAUCUUAAAGACGAUAAGUAUUGGGCGAGAAGAAGAAAGAACAAUUUAGCUGCCAAACGAUCUCGUGAUGCCCGCCGCAUGAAGGAAAACCAAAUUGCCCUUAGAGCUGGAUAUCUAGAGAAGGAGAACCUUACCUUAAGAAGUGAACUAGAACGACUGAAAAAAGAAAACGUAAUGCUUAAGAACAAACUAGCGAAAUAUGAAGAUGUUUAAUCAUUCAAUGAACGUUAGUCUUAUACGUAUCACUCAUUAGUAUCGUUACCGCUUUACUCAUUUAACACAAAAUUAGUCUAAUUUCACAUUGCGGAUAAAAGCUACCAAAACAUCUGUAUAUAAACAUACACUCACUGUAGUCAUCACGUAGAAUAAGAUGUAAGAGUAGAGCAUCCAUAAAAGUAUGUACCAUUAUGUAAAGUUGGUAAAAGGAAUGGGACAAUUUCAAUUUUGCUUAAUUUUCUUUAAGAAUGAUUGUUUUACGAUCAUUAGUUUAAAAUAUAUUCACAAUAUUUGUGAUCUUUUCUAUAUGUAAAUAAUUUUUAAAUGUUCACGCAUUUAUACUAAAUUAGUGAUUCAAUUAAAUUGCGUUAAAUAGAAUUUAUCCCAUCUCUUUCUCGCCACGCUGUAGUGUUUGCAAAAUCGAAAAAAAUAGCCCCAGCUUGGCAGCUGUGCUCUGUUACUAAUUGUUGAUUGUUUUUAUGUUUAUAUAGUCUAUUUUUGGUUGAAAGCUAGUUAUAUUGGUAAUUUACAGUUAAGAAAAUCAAGUAGAUUUAAGUGUAGGAGUGCUCACAUGUUCAGGGUUAGUGUUUGAUUCGAUGCAGUUGGUUAAAAAACAAGAAAUAAGAGAGAAACUGUAGUCAUGUUAAAACUGUUAAAAGUAGUCGGCUUUUUUUUAAAGCUUUAUCAGUGAACUGUUAGAGUUACAAAGAAAUGUUAAGUAGUAGUUAUGAUUUUCCUAGGGAUCAUUUUGAGUGUUCUUGUUAGAUUGGGGCAACUGGCAAUUCGUUAUGUGUAUUACAUUAUAAGUGUCACAACCUACAAUAUUAUUUGUUCCGAUCGAAGAUUGGAACGCUAUUUUUAAGUUUAUCAUUAAUGGGAUGCCCCCAAUUGACGGGCUAUAACCAUAAUUGUUAUAUACGGUUUUGAUCAGAUAUAUACUUUUGUAUCUAACAUUUAAGCCUUAGAGGCAUGCCUUACUUGAUAUUGAAAAAUUUUUAUAUACCUAACCUAAAUACCAACUUUUAUAUGCAUUUUUUGAAUUUUUUAUUAUAUGACAAUUAUGAGAAUGUGAUUGAUCUACCACUUAAUCUUAUUCAAAAUGUUGAUAUUGAUAUACUAUAUUUGUCUAAAAAGUUGAAAUUCUAUUAAUGAUUGUGAUUUAAAAAUUAGCCACUGAACCUGCCUCAUUGUUGUGACAUUUACAAAACUUUAAAUGUGGUAGGUACAGUUUCAAGAUGAUUGUGUGAAAUUUGUACCUACUUAUAUCGUCUUUGUUAAAAUGCUAUCGGCUUAUGAACCGAAAGCGACUUUUUUUGUUCUAGGAUAGAUGAAAAAACCUGUAAUUGCUGUUGUGAGCAUUAAAUUAUAAAAAAUUUUGUGCUUU